CAGAUCUAUAUCGACCGAUCAAUGGUUUGAGAAGCUCAAAGAUGUGCACACGAACCUCAACCGAGAUCGAAUGGAUGAGCUGAGCGAAGACGAGGUCGAGGACCUCGUAAAGGUUGCUGUCCUAGACACAGGCGUAGAUCUGACGCACGAAGCGUUCAAGGAGUUUGUGGAAAAUGGCCAGCUAGAUGCCGGAUAUGACUUUGUCAAUCGUGGCCAGCUGAUGACCGACCUCGAUGGACAUGGGACACACUGCUGCGACCUGGUUUUCAAGACUGCUUCUUAUGCGAGAGUCUAUCCUUUGAGAGUCUUUAGGUCGAGCAAACGAGAGGACACAACGCCAGCAUUGGUAAAAGAAGUACAUCAGUCUCUUGAGUACUCGUCUUUCGAUGCAGGAUACAUGCUGAUAAUUACCUCGCAGGCCAUCUAUUACGCUAUUGAGACAUUAGAUGUGGACAUCAUCUCUAUGUCUUUUGCUUUUGAGGAAGAAGAGCUAGCAAUCAAAGACGCAUUGUACAACGCAAAGAAAAAGUCAUUGAAGCCCGUCCUUAUGUUCGCGGCGGCAUCAAACAACAGGGCACUACAGCACCAGCCGAUUGGGUACCCAGCCAGGGUGAAUGACCGGGUCAUCUGUGUCAACUCGUCGACCGUCCAAGACGAGAAAUCGAGUUUCAGCCCUCGUGGGAUUCCCGGAUGGCCGAAUAUCAGCGCAAUUGGCGAGAACGUCCUCGCUGCAUGGCCAACGUCGAGGAGUGGGCCGUGGAAGCGAAUGAGCGGAACAUCCUGUGCGACACCCAUCGUGGCCGGAGUCGCUGCUCUCAUACUGGAUUUCUCCAAGAAAGACAUACCGGAACUCAGAAAUCAGCACGGCUGGAAUGCACGCAAGGCUGAACUCUGGGAGACGUUGGGGAUGCGGAGUGUGCUCAGGAGGUGCUUGACGGACGAAUACAAGGAUGAGAAAUACAACUUUCUGAGGCCGUGGAAGUUGUUGACAGAGCCGGAACAUACCAUCGCAGUCCGGAUUGAGGAAGCUCUCAAGUUUAAGCACCACUGGGGAUGAGGCUGAAUUCAGGACUUGAUGCGCGACUGAGCUCAGCCUCUCACCUGCUACGCGCUGGCAGAGAUGAACAGAAGAAGAGAAGAAGCAGGCAUACUAUGCAGCAAGCAAGCGAUGUUACAUUGCCAACCUGAACCACGCAGCCCGAUUGGUUAUGAACGACGUGCAGGA